ACCCCAGCCAUUGUCAAAGUGGAGUGUCUCCCCGUCUUUCCCUUCUUUUUCUUCUUUCUUCCUUCCAUCCUCCAUCCCCAUCCACAGUCGCCACCAAACCCACCAAAGCAAACCAGGAGUCCCUUCGUUACUCUCGUUUAUCCUCCGUCCCAACCUAUAUCUCCGUCAAAGUCGAGUCCCUUGCUCUUUCCUUGGACAUACUCUCAAUGGACAAGUCCUUGCACGUUACAGGAAUCCUCAUUUACCGUCAUCAGCGGAACUCGACAGAGAUCUUAUUAGUCAACGAUUCUUUUAACCACAAGCGACACUGGACAGCUCCCAAGGGCAGAGUCAUCGGCGAUGAAGACGAGCUCAAAGCUGCUUUGCGAGAGACCCUCGAGAUCACUGGACUCUCGGUCAAGGACUUGAGGGUCGAGGACGCCUUCCGCGCCGAGAUCAAGUACCUCUCAGGCACUAGACCCAAGCGUGUUGUCUAUUACUUGGCUGAGCUGAUCGACAGCGCCAAGGUCCUUCCCACGGGCGAAGGCGUUCAAUUUGCGUGGUGCAACCUUCAGCAGGCGACCGACAAAGCCCUCUACAGAACCAUGCAGGAUGUCCUCCGCAGUGCCUUUGCUGCGGCUGAAACUAGUCGCGCUAAGGCUCUGGCUGCUGCUCCACCAAAGCUGCACCGCAAUCACUCUAAUAACAAUAGCAACAAUGCCGGCGACUCCCUCGAGAGCAACAUGAAGAACCUCAACAUCGCUCUCCCUCUGGACUCUCAGCGCCAGGCUAUCACUCGGGACUACAACACCCGCGGUAGCAGCCAGCACCGCGAUCGUGAUCAGCACCGUGAUGGCAGUGCCUCCGGAGGCCGCUAUAACAACGACAAUGGCGGCCCCAGUCGUUCACAUGCGGACAACCCUAACUACAAGACCCGUCUUUGCGAAAGAUUUGAGGCAGAACAGUUCUGUCCCUACUAUGCCAAGUGCACCUUUGCACACGGCAUGGCCGAGUUGCGUCAGCGUCCCGCGAACCCUGAUCAGCAAGACAAACCCGUCUCGGCUGUUCAGGCCUCGUACCAGAACCGCGCCAGGCGUGAGACUACUGAGAACGAGUUCCACAAGACUCGGCUCUGUGAGCGCUUUAUGAACGAUGGCGAGUGUCCCUUUGGCACCAGAUGUACUUAUGCUCACGGACGCGAGGAGCUUCGCCAGCGUGUAGGAUAUCAGAACAACAACAGCAGCAUCAACAGCAGCAUCAACAGCAGCAUCAACAGCAGCAUCAACAGCAGCAUCAACAGCAGCAACAACAACAACGGCAGCAAUAACAACAACAACAACGGAGGAUUCAAUGGCCAGAACAGGAACUACCCCAGGGACGGUCAGAGUGGUGAUCGAGCCUAUAGAUCCAAUGGCGAAGGUUACCAGGACCGAGGUUACCGCCCACAGCAGCAGCAGCAGCAGCAGCAGUCUAGCGAGGGCCCAGAUGACCGUGCCUACCGAUUGAACCGUUCGGAAGGACCCAACCGAUCAACCUUUGCAGAUCGCGAGAACCGUGAUGGUCCUUAUCGACCACCUCAGGCACUUGACCAGGAGAGAUCUAUGCGACCCCAGCUUGAAACUACCAGUUCCACCGGAGCAUAUCGUGUUCCUCAGGCACGUGGCCUUCCCAGUCAAACCUCAGAUGAUAAUAGCCUGAACCGAUCUGUUCUCGCACCAAGGGCUACGAUUGCAGCGCCUGUUGCCGCGGCUCCAUCGCCCUCACCUGCGUCUACUUCUGCCACGCAAACUCCCAAGGGUGUUUCACCAGCAGGCACGCCUGUUUUGGGAUCGGACAAGGGUGGAAAUAGUCGUCGCCGUGUCCAGGAUUUCGAUGAAAAGCCUAGGGCCAAGGUCAUGGAGAUGUCUAGCGAGGACAUGGAAAAGUUCCAGCUUCGUCGACCUGAGACGCCUGUGGCCGCCAAGCCUGAUUCGAAGCAGGCCCAGCGUGAUCAGUUGAUUCAGGACCUGCAAAAGUUUUUCCAGAACAAUCAGCAAGGCGUCCUGGACAAGAAGCAGCAGCAACAGCAGCUCCAGGAUGAGAUCAAGGAGGUGACUCGGCUUGAGAUGCGAAACGCGUUGACCAAGGCGCAGUUGUAUUACAUCCUGAUUGCGGCAUUGUUCACGGAGACAUCGGUGGAGACAUGGAAGAAGGUGUUGGUCGAGAAGGAGAAGUUGCUGGCGAACUUUGUGCGCUCGAAUGAGGACCAGCUGACGUUGAUGCGUGCAUGGGAGCAACUGUUUGUCAAGCACCGACCGAACAUGAUGGCGAGAGCACCCAUCGUGCUGAAGGCCCUGUAUGAUGCCGAGUUGGUGGAGGAAGAUGUGAUGCUGGCGUGGUAUGAUUUGCCAACGACGGAUGCGGAGCUCAAGAAGAAGUGUGUUGUCUUUGUGGACUGGCUUCGCUCUGCAGAAGAGGAGUAAUGGUGGAUCACUAGUCGCCAACGUCUUGGAUCGUUUCUUUUUCUAUUUUUCUAUCUUUCUAUCUCCUUUUUUUUUAUUACUUUCCAUCAUCAGUCAUCAAGUCGUGUUGCACUUGGUAUUCUUAUGAUGGCCUUUCCAGGCAUUGCAGAAAGCGUUUGUUAUUGUUAUUAUCGUUAUUAUAUUGAUUAGUAUCAUCGUAGAAUUUAAAAUAUACGCGAUCUUUUUCUUUUCGAGAA